GCAACAACUUUGGCAACCGUUCUCACAUAGUUAUGCGGGAGUGUUCUAAAAUCAUUAGCUUAACUGGAUUCUCUUAGCCUAGCAGUUGUUGUAGCACUUUGCUUAGCAACACGAGAAUGUAAAGGGGACUUUUAACCAACAUUUACGUUAAUUUAAAUAUGUAUGAGUUACUUAUGGGCUAAAUAAAGCGGCAGUCACUGUGUCAAUAAGGCCACCGUCGACCGAGGAAUGCGCUUCGUCAUAAAAGGUUUUCCCUGGGGGUAAGAAGAAGAAAGAAGGAGGUCGGAGAGGGAAUAGGAGGAGUUGUUCUCAGCAGGGACUUUCCUCAUUUGCCCUCCAAAAAAAGUUGAAUCACAGGGCACCGUGCCGGAGAUGUUACCCGGUGUCGCCACGGAGGAGGUAUGCGGGCCUGUGCGCUGCGGUGGGGCCGCGGUGGUCUCCCCCUCCGUUCGGGAAUACUACUUCUUUUAAUCCCGCCGUUUCUCCUAGCGCUCCAGCUACUUGUCGUCGGGCCACGGUUACCUCGAGUCGCAAGGGCGGGGGUGGAGGAGCAAGAAAUUGCCUUUUCGGUUAUCAGCAUCGAACCGGAGAGGAACUCACGCCAACAGGAAUCCCCGUCCCGACGGCCGGGUCUGAAGGAGGAAGAGGAGGAGAUAGAGGUGGAAGAUGGGGAGAGAAGGGAGGGAGUACGAGCCUAUGAGGAUGAGAACGAGAUGCACUCGCGCCAGUAUCAAUAUAUUGAUACGUGUGCAUGUUCCCAGAUGGGACCCAGAACACUGGAAGUGCAGCCCUGGGUGACAGACAAGCCAUCCUUCACAGCAGAAUUCAAUCGUAUCAUCACAUAUAUCACCAGGCCACAGCUGAACUGCUCCAGGGUUUUGUCUCCAGGCCAGGCUCAGGCAUCACAGCCCUCUGCAGAUUCACCCCACUGGCUGCUGUGUGCGGAGGACUGGCUCCUUCCAGCUGCAGAUAGACUGUGUGUUGCAUACUCCUUUAGUAUGGAUGGGGGUGAUGCACACUUUCUAAAGACUGUGUCAGGGCUGGGAUGUGAAGUCCACAGUUUUGAUCCUAGCAACUCAAAUGCAUCUGGUGGUCCCCUUGGCAACAGUUUGGCCAGUAACCAUGGGGAUGGAGGCGUGGUCAGCCAGCACAAGAUGUGGCUGGAGUGGCGAGCUCCAAGGAAGCGCAAGCAGAAAACAAGAGGGAACUUGGGUAGUGUUUCUCAAACACUGGCAGACAUCAUGGCAGCUCUGGGACAUCACACAGUUCACUUCCUGUAUGCUGACCUGCUUAGUGCUGAGUGGAGAGUUUUCCAGAACUUGAUUGAGUCGGGAACUCUGCAGAGUGUCCAUCAUCUGGUUGCCACAAUGCACCUGCAAUGGGCAGGGUUUGAGGUGGGCGGAACCAAUGAGGAAGUGCUCCGCUAUUGGUUCAGUGUCCUACUGGGUCUCCAAGCUUCUGGACUCAAGCUGGUCCACAGCUCUGCAGGAGAGGGUCACAGUGUCCUAAAACAGACAGUAGCAAAUGGUCGCAGCUCCUACACACUCAGCUGGGCCAACACAGGACGAUGACACUCACACAUGAAUGUGUACACACAUGACCAGGCAUUGUGGAUGGCCUCAAACAAGAAGGAGAAGGUCAUACCUAAAUUAGUUGGUGGUAACAUUUUUACCCGUUGCUAUUUCAGGGAAACAUGACAUCUCCCUCUAGUGGAAAUGAAAUGAUCUACAUUUGCAUCACUCCAUCCUCUGAGGAAAUACUAGCUAAUUUGACCAAAUAUGGAGCAGAAGGUGGGCUUGCUGAUUUAACAGGGCAACAGUGCAACAACAUAAUAACUAGAUCUACAGAUUUUAUUUUGUCUUACUUAACAUAAAAAAUCAGCAGAUUGUGUUUUAAUUUAGUCCUAAAUACCAAAUAGCUGUCUGGCAGGUACCAUAGAAUUGUAUCAAUAUUAUAUCUGACAGUGCCACCCAUUUUCCAUUAUUUUGAUCCAUCUGUACUUUGAAUGUAGAUUUAACAGAUUUAAUGUUUGUGUACAUCUCUGUAGGCCUUAAAAUUCUUGUGCAAUAAUAAUUUACGUUGAAGAGAAGAUUAAAUUAUAUUGAGACUAAUGCCUAGUGUGAAAUAUACAGAAAUGCGUCCAUUGUACUGAUGCAUUUUUGCACUCCACUGUUUACUGUAUGACAAAGAAGAAAACAAUGAAACUGUGUUAAAUAAUGUGCAUUAAUACCAAAAUAAAAUACCAAAUAA